CUGGAAAUUCAUAUCAAAUAGAAAUCAUCUGCACGUAUCGUCAUCUACGUGAGCAUUAAAAUGAUCUACUUUAUUUGUAAGGGUAUGAUUUUUUUUCAAUCUGAUUUAAAAUGCAGCAGAGCGCAAGUGCAUACUCAUCCGCGGGAUUAUAAACUUAGUGUUGUUUUAAACUCAACACAGUAAACUUGUUUUUCAUAUUUUACGCUCUUCAUAUUACGUACAAUUUUUAUUAUUAUCAUCAUUAAGUCCCUAAUUAAUUAAUCUAAGAUUAAUUACCAUUAAUUCAUUCCUAACUCGCGGUAAAAUUAAUUAAUGCAACAGUGAUGGUUAAUUAUUUAAAAGUGAAGUAAUUGAUUAAUUUAAAAACGAUAUGACAGAUAUAGUGACAAGUUAUGAUGGUUAAUUAUCGCUAACACGUCAGAGGAUCACCGCUGGUCGUAAUUAAUUUGCAAACAUGAUACGAUCUGUCCUUUUUAUAUUUUUUAUAUAUUUUUACAAUUAAUUACAUUGAAGAUAAAUAUGUUGUCGCACCUACGGUAUAUAUAUAUGUAUAGAAAUAUGUCUACAUUUUAUAUGAGCGAUUUUAAAUAAAAAGUUUGUAUGAAAAAUUAAUUGUCAUGAUAAAUAAUAAGGAAUCAAUCGGAGAUAAAAGUAAUAAACGUAAUGAUUACAAGAGUGCGAGUCACAAGGUAUGGCCAUUUUUAGGCGGUGAAGAAAUAAACAUGAACACAGACAAUAUAAUUUUGCAUCACCACCCGAUCAAUCGAUCGAUGCCAGUUAAAACUUUUCUCGCGCCUGCGGAAGUUCAUAACAAACGGAAUCCACCUGAUGAGAAUAAUGAGAGCUUUCAUAGAGCGAUCGGGUCUAUUUUGGCAGGAGCACAAUUGUUUGGAGUACUGCCGGUUUAUGGUGUACGUGGUUCGUCUCCUCAGCAGCUUUCGUUUAAAAUAAUUUCUCCCAAAACGAUUUAUAGUAUCAGUUUGAUGAUAACACUUAUUUUUAUGGCGGGAGUUUCAAUUAUGCAUAUGAUUAAGACUUUGAAAGCUGACACGUUUCAAGUUCAUGGCGGAAUAGCAGCAGCAACAGCGGGGGCUGUAUUUUACGGCAACAGUCUUUUUGGUCUCGGUUUAUUUAUGUGGCUGUCACCGCGAUGGGUCAACCUUCAAAAGCAAUGGCGAUCUAUGGAACUAUUACUAGACAAGUGUAAACAAUCCCGACCGCGGCUCCGCUGGAAAUUCCGCGUGAUAACAAUUGUUAUCAUGUCUCUUGCACUUAUUGAACAUGUCCUCAGCCUCAUUAUUAAUUUUCCCAACAGCAAUGAAUUGCCUGUUAAUUCAACCAAUACUUGGAAAGAUUAUUUAAGAAUUUACACUUUUAAAUCUCAUGCCUUCAUGCUCACCAGUUUAAAUUACAAUGUCGCACUAGGAAUAUUUUUAUUUACAAUAAGUAAAAUAGCGACAUUCACAUGGAAUUUUACAGACGUAUUUAUUAUGUUGGUGGCGACGGGUAUCGCAGAGAGAUACAAAAGUUUAAAUAAAUGUUUGUUGAAGUCGGCGAUGAUUAAAAAUUUAACAAUCGAUUGGUGCGAAUUUAGAGAGUAUUAUGCUGCUCUAAGUAUUCUAGUUAAACGCGCUGACAGUGAUGUGUCGCCAGUUAUUUUACUGUCAUUCAUAAAUAAUUUGUAUUUUAUUUGCCUCCAACUUCUGAAUGGCCUAUCGCCAGAAGAUAUGGGAAUGGUGAACACUGUGUACUUUUUUUUUUCUUUUGCCUUCUUACUGGCUAGAACAGUUGCUGUGACUUUAUUUACAGCGAGAAUAAAUGACCAAAGUAAACUUGCUUUGCCAGCACUUUACAAUUGUCCUGCGUCAAAUUAUACUAUUGAAAUGCAACGAUUACAAUUUCAACUAACAACUGACGAAGUUGCCUUCACUGGAUUGAAAUUUUUUUAUAUUACAAGAAAUUUUAUGCUUGCAGUAGGCGGCGCGAUUAUUACUUAUGAAGUUGUAUUGUUACAAUUUAACGUUGCUAUAAAAAAAUAAAAUAAUUAAAAAUUAUAAUAUUAUUUAUUUUAAUUAUAAUUAAAUAAUGUACAUAAGGAUUUUCAACAGCACAAAAUAAUAAUUAAACUUUUGGUUAUCAUGCAAUAAAAUAUUUUA